AUGCAAAGUACCUCGAAUCCCGCCAAAUUCUUGUUUCUAUUUCGCAGAGAACAGGAAGACCUUCGAGAACCGCCUGAGAUGAAAGUUUGGAUCCUCAAGGAUUCGAACAAGAAGGAGUUUUCUUUUCAACUUCUGUCGACUCUACGGAUUAAUGUGCAGUCUAUUUUUCCAAUGACUUGCUUCUCCACAACCGAAGAUUUGUCAGAUGUUGCUGCAGCUUUCGCCAACGGGGUGAUAGUUCUAGUUCGUGGGGAUCUUGUUCACGAUAGGGGGACUAAGCAGAGGACGAUAUUUGAAUCCGACGAGCCGAUUACUGGUAUCCAGUUCGCCAAUGAAAACGGUACAUGCGCCUUAUAUGUCACAACGAUCGAGCGGGUGAUGACAAUUAAAACUUCAAUAAGAGGCCACAUCCCGCCGCCAAGGGUACUAGAAACAGCUGGGUGCGCUUUAGGCUGCUUAACUAUGGACGAGGUUUCCGGGUCCGUCCUUGUCGCAAGAAACGAUGCUCUUUACUACUACGGCCAGGACGGGCGUGGACCCUGUUAUGCCUAUGAAGGUUCUAAAAGCUUUGCUGGUUCCUUCGGGGAGUAUGUUGUAUUACUGCUACCACCGCAAGCUCCGUCAACCGGGCCUACUAACACAGCCGCGAACUCGCGCCACCAUAUUUCCGCAAAACGGGACACUUUUUUUGAGGUUAAUACUUUAGUAGUUCUAGAUACAGACCUUCAGUUUAUCGCUCACAUCGAGGCCUUCACGGGCGGUGUAAGGGGUAUUGUUUAUGAAUGGGGGGCCAUCCACAUUCUUACUUCGGAUUAUAAGAUGAUUAGACUCAAAGAGAGAGCGCUUUCUGAUCGGUUGAAUCUCCUAUAUCAACGCGAUCUAUACCCGACAGCCCUCAAACUUGCACAGAAGUCAAAGAUAACAAGUGCCGAAAUAAAUCAGAUAAAUUGCCGAUAUGCAGAUUUCCUCUUUUCCAAAGGCGAUUAUGAUAAUGCUAUGUACCAAUAUAUACAAGCAAUCGAAGGCACCCAACCCUCUCAGGUGAUACGGAGAUUUCUUGACAUUCAAAGAAUCCCGAACCUUAUUCAAUACCUCGAAGAGCUACAUCGACAUUCCGAAUAUGUUACAACAGAACACACUACCCUCCUUUUAAAUUGUUACGCGAAACUCAAGGACGUCGAGAAGCUUGAAAGCUUCAUCAGGUCAGAUAAAGGCCAGCGAUUCGAUCUAAAUACUGUGAUCUCUUUAUGCCGUCAAGCUGGGUAUUUUGGACAAGCUGCAUUCCUAGCCCGGCAGAAUUCCGAACAUGAUAUAGUGAUGGAUAUUUUCAUGGAGGAUAUGCAGAAAUUUCAAGACGGGAUUAAUUUUCUCGUGACUUUACAACCGGAUACAAUGCAACGGAAUCUUCUGAAAUGGGGACGAGUCUUGUUAGAUGAAUUGCCUUUUGAGACAACAUCUCUGUUUAUUGAAUUCUAUACCGGAGGCUACGUUCCGCGAGAGGAGGUACCCACCGAAGAGGUACCUGCUCCUCAGUCUAGCACCGGUGGCCUUCAAGGCUAUGCAGCGUUUUUACAACUUCCAUAUCUCGUUAACCCCCUCUCGGUUGCCGCUCCCCCCAGUCCUGAAGCAGAAAACCGACAGACGCAGAAAUCCAUUACGUACAGAGUGCCACUGCCACGAACGGCAUUUUCUCUAUUUGUUGACCACCCUUUUGAAUUCGUGAGGUUUUUAGAAUCCUUGCUAUCAACUGCGAAGGCAAAAGAUACUCUCUCGGAAGUUCGCUCGACAUUAUUUGAGAUAUACCUACACCAUGCAAGUCAAGACAUGUCCGAGGCAGGCAAUAUAUGGAGCGCAAAGGCAAGGUUAAUGUUGGAGAGCGCCGAAACGGUGUUAGGUACAUCUGAUGUUCUCCUUUUAUCCCAUUUGUGCAAUUUCCAGGAGGGAACAACGCGCGUUCGUGAAGAUCAAGAGCUUUUCUUCGAUAUUUUCAGAUCGCAUACAUCGGCACAUGAUACAGCUGGCGUCAUGACGGCCCUGAAGAAAUACGGCCAAAAGGAACCACAACUCUAUCCAGCAGCGUUGGCUUAUAUCGCUUCCAGCCCAAAAAUCCUUGAGGCCGCAGGGGAUGAAUUGCUGAAAAUUUUGGAGACGAUAGAGAAAGAAGGGUUGAUGGCUCCCUUACAAGUUGUCCAGGUUCUCAGUAAGAACGGUGUUGCAACAGUGAGGAUGGUUAGAAGGUACCUGAGCGACAUGAUCGAGAGAGAACGCCUAGAAAUCCAACAGGACCAAGGCUACAUCGACGGGUAUCGACGUGACACGACAAUGCGGAAGCAGGAAAUUGCGGACUUGGAAGAUAAGCCGGCGAUUUUCCAGCCCACCCGCUGUACAUUCUGUGGAGCAGCCCUGGAGCUUCCAGUUGUGCAUUUUCUAUGUAAACACUCCUUCCACCAACGGUGUCUGAAUACAUCUAUCGAGCCCCCAGAAUGUCCAACCUGCACAGCUGGGAAUGCCGCAAUUAGGGCGAUACGACAGGCCCAGGAAGACGCAAGUGACCAAUUUGGGAUUUUAAAAACGGCGUUAGAAGUGACAGAACGGGACCGUUUCGCCACAAUCAUCGAUUUUUUUGGCAGGGGCGUUAUGAAGGACCGGCCUGUCUAA